AUGAUCGGAAUGAUGAACAACCCGUCGAACUCUGUGGAGUUCUACUCGGCGCGGAGAGGAAGCCAAGAAGCGGAAGUGGAAUUCGUCGAGGGUCCGAAGAAGAGCCACGUCCAGUAUGCGGCCGAUGGCCGAAAAAUUAUCGACGGUAAAGUGGUGCCGGAGCCGGCUGGGCGACUUUGGACUCGGACCCUAUUAAGUGGUGCGAUCAACCACGCGAUGGGGACCGGAAGCAAUCCCGAAGUCGUGGACGAUGAAGAGCUCGUGCUCCCCGUCGCCCUCCUCAUCUGCCUGGCGUCAAAGAUCGGCGCCCAGGAUACAACUUGUACUGAUCGUUUUAGCCUGAACGCGUUGCGGUCGCGGCGCGGCAAACAGCUGCACUACCACAACGGCCGCAAACUGGCUGGCCUGGUCGGAGUGGUCGACCUGCUCGGCGACGUGCGGCGCGUGUGGCUAUCAGACACGGACGAGGAGUUGCUUGACUACGAAUCCGGCCUGUACUUGUUCGGGGUAUGUGACGCCUGGCUACAGUAUCCGGACAAUUUUAGUGAGGCGACGAUGGUGGAGACGUGCAACCUGGCGGUGUGCCGCUAUCCGGCCGCCUUUGCGUGCUGUCUGGGACAGCCGGGCCAAUACCGCGGCUCUUUCGCGUGCCUCGAGGCGAACACGACGACCACGACGGCCCCAGCCGGA